GUUAAUUAGGUGACCUGGCUAACCGUGGACGACCUCACCCUCGGAACGCGCAUAGACGCGACCCUAUCGUCACCAGAAGCAGAUCGGCUAACCGACGAGCAGGCAAUAUGCCUGCCAGCGUGCAAAAUCCGGUUCCGCAACAAAAUGUUAAUCCACCUAAUCAACCUGCCCCACGUGCACGAGCUCCCAUGUCGCCACCAGAUCUCUAUCUAUUUGAUCCGGCGCACCAUUUCGCAGGAGCAUGGCUGGCCACGCUUAGAGCACAGCAGUACGAUGAUCACGAAGCACAGAUCAACAUUCCGGCUCGAAUGGGAGGAGACGCUCAUCAUUGGUAUAGUACCUAUGGAUGGGUGGAUCUCCCGACCUUCGAGCGGGAUUUCAUGAAUCGAUUUGAUUAUGUCCACCCUGAGCAAGCGCUGUACAUGAUCAAGGACCGAGUGCAAAAACCGCUCGAAACUGUUGCGGAAUAUCGAAACCGGUUCUACCAAAUGUUCGUAAAAGUAGAGCGAGGUGAGCAAGUAGGGAGAGAUCUGUUCAUUGACGGACUCCGCAGUCGGACAAUAAGGGCUAAGUUGCGAAAGCAGUUUUCCCCCAUCACCCAUACGUUACAACAAAUUAUGCCUGCUGCGGAAGAAAUGGAACGGAAGUUCGCGCCGAACUUCCUGGAAGGAGAAGAUUACCCGAGAGACGGAGAUUCGACCGAGAUCGCUCGAGCAAGAGCAGAGCUGGCUGCUUUACAGAACAAAUUUGAAAACAUGGGGUUCGUAUCAGGACCUGUCACCUAUAUGGAACAGAUAGGCCCCAAACGAGUAAUCCUAAGUGAGACUCCGAGCAUCUCUGCUCCUAUGAUGCCCCCGCCCGYMRGGRCAUUACYCCCGCCGCCGGUAGAGGCUCCUGUACGAUCAAACGAAUCGGCGGCCAUUUUCGAACUAACCAAAACUUUGAUUAGUUUGAUCCAAGAAAGCAAAAAGAAACAGCGAGAACACAAUGCUCGGCUGGAAGCCAUGAUGAGGAACAUGCGACCUAUUGCGGUGCAUGCCCCUCCGAUGCAACAAGGAUUAGCCCUUGCCCCUGCUCUCGGAGGAGCUGCGAACAAUCUGAAUGUUUGCUACGCCUGUUAUCAGCCCGGACAUCUAGCCCGUGAUUGCCCCCACCGACCCCUACAACAACGGAUCAGAGUCGCACCUAUGGCUGAGGCCCCCAUCGCCAACGGACCUGGACGAGUCGGAGCCUUGAUGGAAGAAGUAGAGGGUGGGGGAAGUGCCUUGGCCACCACGGAAGAGGCCGCCGAGCUAAUUCCGCUAGAUCAGUAUGUGUCGCUGGGAUAUCCUGGGCUAGGAAUGAUCGGAACAAUCAGACCAGCGCCUGAACCGAAAGAGGUGGCGGAGUGGCGACCGUCCUUAGGAGAAAUGCAGUCGGGAGGACCCACCUUCGUCACAGGAGAGAUCGAUUGGGUUCGGUAUCCAAUGGGAACUUGCAAUUCGCCUGCCACGUUUCAGCGAGCCAUGAACAUGACGUUCCAGAAUUUCGUCAACAAGACACGACUGACGCGAGGGAUGAUCAACUUUUGUGCGAUCGUGUACAUGGACGACAUCCUGGUCUAUUCGGAGACCUAUCACGGGCACGAUCAACACAUCGAGUGGACAUUGGGCGCACUGAGAGAUGCUGGGUUCAAGAUUGCGCUCGAGAAAAGCAAAUUUUUCCUCUCGAAAAUUUCGUUCUUGGACUACGUCGUGACACGUGGAGGAUUGCGGCCGGACUCGAGAAAAGUUGCGGCGGUGAAGGAAGCCCCGGUUCCCACGUCACUAACGCAGGUUCGAGCCUUCUUGGGGCUGGCGUCGUACUACCGGCGCUUCAUCAAGGGCUUUGCCGCGAUUGCACGACCGCUAACGAAUCUGUUACGGAAAGACCAGCCUCUCAAAUUUGUCGAGCUCUCGUUUUGCCUGCUACGAGUGGAUCUGAACUGGACGCGGGAAGGUGAUCAGAGGCCCGCAUUGGAGAUUGUGGAGUUGCUCGUCAUUCAGGCGUGGAGGACCAACGUGGCGGGAGAUCUUUUGGGAUUCGUCUUUGGAGCAGUGGAUCGGGGAAACCGAUCACAGAUCGUGCGAGAACUUACGAUCGUGAUCACGCGAUUGGCCGACGAACUCCCUCUCGACAUCGUCUCUCAGAGCGACGAAGAACCCGUGCCACAUACCCUCUCAAGAACUCUCGCCCCGAGCCUCCAGUGGUCGGCUUGUAUCGAGGAGCGCUGGGCGGACGGCCGUUUUCCCUCCGGUAGCGAGUACCUGGACGCCCACAGCCUGACUAAUCCCUGCUUCUUUCGGCAACCAACGGCUUUCGAGUGGGCGGCACUGAGAGCAGAAGAGGAGGCCGAAGAGGAAUCGGAAGGAGAAUUGAGGAGAGAGGCCGGGGAAGCAGCGACGCGAUUGGCCGAGGACGAGGAAGAAGAACGCGAAGCAGAAGAAGAGUCGGCGGAAGCUGAAGAAGAAGAAGAAGAAGAAGAAGACGCAGAGGAGGAGACUUCGGAGGAAGAGGAAAAGGCCUAUAGCGAGUAAAGUGAGGGCGAGCAAAGUGAGGAGGAGGAGGAAGACGACGAAGAAGUGGAAAGCGGGGACGACCAGGGGCCAAUGCACGAUGAGCU